CCCCUCCUCCCCAGCCCUUCCCUCUCCCUCCUCUCCCUGAAUGUCAGUACGUGGCGGACAGCCCUAGUGAGCGAGUGGGAGAAGAAACGCCUCCAUUUUGACCUCUUUUGAUCCGUUGAGGGCUCCCGGAGAGGGGUGACGAGGAGACAAGAUUUACCUCAUCACGCAAGAUAACAGAAUAAUGUCCAUGUCGGGCGAAUUUGGAAACCCGCUUAGGAAAUUCAAGCUGGUCUUUCUCGGCGAGCAAAGCGUCGGAAAGACCUCGCUGAUCACCCGUUUCAUGUAUGACUCCUUCGACAACACGUACCAGGCUACCAUUGGCAUAGACUUCCUCUCCAAAACCAUGUACCUGGAAGAUAGAACAGUCCGGCUGCAGCUGUGGGAUACUGCCGGCCAGGAAAGGUUCCGCAGCCUCAUCCCCUCCUACAUCCGUGACUCAACCGUGGCCGUGGUGGUGUACGACAUUACAAAUGCCAACUCCUUCCACCAGACCUCCAAGUGGAUAGAUGACGUGAGGACUGAGCGAGGCAGUGACGUAAUUAUCAUGUUGGUUGGAAAUAAGACUGAUCUCUCCGACAAGAGACAGGUCUCCACGGAGGAAGGGGAGCGCAAGGCCAAGGAACUCAACGUGAUGUUCAUUGAGACCAGUGCAAAGGCGGGAUACAAUGUGAAGCAGCUCUUCCGAAGGGUGGCCGCAGCCCUACCUGGCAUGGAAUCCAAUCCUGAGAAGGGCAAGGUUGACACCGUGGACCUUCGCCCCCAGCCCCCCCCACAGGAGAUCCAGCCGGACCAGGAGGGCUCGGGGUGUAUAUGCUAGGAGGCCGCCCUCAUGCUCUAGUCUCUCACGUGUCCUCGCACUUGUCUGCUGGAGGGAAGUGGUGGUGGGAGUGUCAACUUCUGCUGGCGUCUGCUGCUGCUGCUCCCCUCUUUAUUACCCCUUGAUUAGCGUUAUUGUUUAUUAAUAUUUACGAUUUAUCAUGUUUUUAUUAUUAUUGCUAUCAUUAUCAUUAUCAUUAUUAUUAUUGUUAUUUGUAAAGUAAGUCCUGGAUUUAACAUUACGAUAUUGAUUUGUUGCCCGAUUUUACGAGCAAAAAUCGUCCUAACACAACGCCAUCCUGAGUUCUCAAGGGUGUGUUGCUGAAGGAAGUAUUGUGGCCACUAACUUGCCCAAGUAUUGCUGUUAUUGAUGUGACUUGAAUGAUGCACACAAGCCAUGGACUUGCUUUAUGCUACUUGUUUUUCCUGCCCAGUGUAUUUCAUAAAGCAGAUAAGUAUUGUGGUAUAGGCUGCCAUGUUUUAUUUAUUUUACUUUAUUAAAUGGCAUUAUUUCAUUGUUUUAGUUUCAUUUACUUUUUUUAUAUUUCUCUAAUAAGGUUCCUUAAUUUUUUUCUCAACUCUAAUGUUAUUUAUCUUCAUUCUAAUCUGCAUAUGAACUGGUUUCUGUGCUUUUUACAUUAAUUAUUUUCUUAAUUAAAAUGCAUAAUUAUGGGGUUGUUUCUUUAAUAACAUUCUUUAAUAUUCCUCAGUUUGACACUUAAUUUAUCAUCAUUCUGACCUGCACAUGGACUGGUUUCUAUGCUUUCUGCUCUCUCAACAUUUAUUUUUUUAUGCAUUUUAGUUAAUUUCUGUAAUUAGUCUCUUGAUUUCUUACACAUUUUGUGAUAAAGAAGGAUAGGUUGUCAAAUACUUCCCAUGUCCAGGCUGUUCAUUCCACAAUCUGUUACGUCUUUGUGUCAUUGUUGCUUCUCAAUAGCUGGUGCUGUGUUUGUUUUACGCAACAGUGAUUUGUUUGUGUUGGGCAAUAAUAUAUAGUCUUUUUUUUUGGUUUUACAUUGUUUAGGGGCUGAUGAGUACUUUGGCUCACCAUUCUAAAUUUUCUCUUGUAAAUUGGAUAUUUAAAAAAUGUUUCUGUCCUUGGUUUUUGAUUUUGCUUUUGUAUGAUCUUUGACUCAAAUUAUUGCUAUCAUUCAUUGAUGUCACAUUAUUGGUGUCUGUAAAGUGAUAUUUUUUUUCAUACCAUUCUGGACAAAUUUUUUGGUUUUCUUUGUGUAAUAUUCCACUCAGUCUGAAAUAGUAAAUGAUUAGUAGUUUCUGUAAGGGAAUUUUCUUUGUCUGAUAUUCUAUUCUAUUUUGUAUCAAUAGUCUGCAUUUAUGAAAAAUCUGAUUUGCGUCUUAGGAGUCCCCAAAAAAUGUCAUCACUGCAACCUGUUUGUGUAUAUAACCAUUUACAAUCUGUAAAAUUUGUUUUCCCACCAAUCCACCAGAUUUGAUCUGGCUGUACUUGUAAGGAUUCUGCCUUGUUUCACUAGUCCAAAAUGUACUGUAAGAUUCAUGUUACUUAAAAAUGGCUCUCAGUUGUAUUCAGUUUCAUCGUAUCAAGUAUGCAUCAGAAAGCUAUUUAUUCUCCCAAGAUUUUAAGGCAUUUUCAAUGACUAAAAGAGAGACGAGAUGGAGAACACCUGACAAAACACAGCAAUUAAUGUGUACCAUUGUGAAGCCUGAGUGCACAGCUGGGAAGACUUCUCUGUACCAGCUGCUUAAAAAUGUCUUAAAAUGUUGUAAGAGUGAAUAGCAUUUCAAGCACUUCCCAGUUCAGCUAAAUAUUUAAACUUGAUAACUUUUCUUUUCUUUCUUUUCUUUUUCAGUUUUCAUAUGUCAUCUGUUUUGAACAUCCCUGUACAGUCAUGGCCAGAAGUUGAUUAACGUUCUACACUUAAUUCUGUUGUUUUCCUUCAGUGUUAAAUCCUCUGCUUUCCAGAUAAUCUUAGGAAUUAUAACAACUUGGAGAUCACUGGCAAAUCUACUUGCUCAUUUUUAUUGUAUACUCUGGAACUCUCUGCCCUUCUUUCCCAUUUUCCUACGGGUUGAACUAUUUCAAGAAAGAAAUGUCAAAACACCCCCAGAACAAAUUUGUCCAAUCCAUUAAAAAGAGAAGAAGAAAAAAAAAAGGGAUGUAGGAUUUGAGGGCACUUUUUGUCUGCUAUUUUUUCUACUUUAGAUCAUUCUCAUUUACAUGAAAACUAAAAUAAAAAGAUCAGAAUAUGUCAGAUAAGAGGGAACAUGAUAAAUGCAUAGGAAAUGUGUGCACAAAGCUGAAAAGAAUAGAAAAGAUCAGGGGAUGUAAUCUUGAGGGAAACCACUAACAAUAGUGGAAAUGAGUGCAGAAAGUUAAUGACUUAUGACCAUGACUGUACACACAGAGUUGGGUUGCAUUCUGCGUCACCAGCCCACCAAGUAUUAGCCGCAGUACUGAGCAAGAGGCUACAACACACCAUUGUCACGAACCACCUCUAUCUCUUGUGCCGAGUGGAAUUACUAGAGUUAGCUUAGCUUGUGUAUUCAGAGACCAGCACUGAUAGUCACCAUUUUCAGUGUCAUAAGAUACCACGUAGUCACUGUGCAGUAUCUACCUAGUCUUGUCAAGUCAGUCUUUGUUUUGAUACAGGUUCACAAGUCAUCUACUUUCCUCAGAUCUUUUGAAGUGAGAUUAAAAUGUAAGCAUUCACGUUCACUUAGGAUAUUUUCUCGGGUUGCAUGUGUUUUCUUUAUUCAGAAUUCAAGGGGAUAAAAUGGAUGAAUUUAGAGGAAAAGUGGAGGUAAAUGACUUGUCAAAGAACAAAGUACAUAUGUAAGACCAACUGUGCUACUGUGAAUCCAUUCCAUUCUGUUCCCUAAAAUUGUGACCGGUACAUGUCAUCCGUAGAGAAAAAUUUACAGCUGUAGUGUGUACGUUUGCAGUUUUACACUUAGCAAGUUCUGAAAUUAACUUAAAAGUACCUCCUACAGACAUGAAGCUGUUACAAAUUGACUUGAUGUUCUGGCUUUGGAAUAGUUAAGCAGUGUUUGCAGGAGAGGAAUACCAGCGGCCUAAACACAGUGUAAAGCUAGUAGUUGUCAUCUAGUUGGUGCCUCAAGUCUCAGACCCAAACUUACUCCUGUACAUCCAACCAUUCCCUUGCACAUUUUGCCCUGUGAUCUUUUGGCUGCUUCCUAUGACUUAACAUUAUGGUAUAUUUAAGACUUAUAGAUUGGUAUCUUGGGUCCAGAUCGUCAGUCGUGUUACUUUCCCACAUUUCAGAUGUUUGGUUUGGUAACAAUUAAUUUUUGGUAACAUUUAGAGCCUACGAGUGCGGGAAUAACUCGCCCUGUGCAUACGAGUGAGCAUUGAGGGUUUGUGAUACUUGCAUUCAUACCAAGACUUUGAUUUGUCUCAUUUAGGCUUCAGCUGUGCCAUGUGGAGACACUGAAUACAUUUGAAAGUCUACCUUUGCCUCAGCUUAGUUAUUCUUGUUUUUAAGUGAGAGGUUGUCGUCUGUGGACUGCACGGGAGGAACUGGAGCAUUGAUAUUAAGGCCUAGGAAUAUUUGGGCUUUACUGGGAACCCCCAAAAGUUUCCCUCACCUGGAGGGAGGGAGGGAGGGCUGCCCAUGCCCCUAUAAUGAAAGUAAUGUUUAUUUUCUCAUUCUCCCCAUGAGUGUAUAAAGUCCACAAAGGGAAACACAUUGUAUAUGGAAGAAAAAAGUUAGGCAAUUUGUUAUAUUUCUUGUCUAACUCUUUUUUUUUAUUUGUGGGCUUUAUCAUCAUACUCUUUGCAGGAUUGUGAUAGAAUCAUUAAGAUUAAUGUAUAUUAUUAUGGUGGCAAUAUAUAUACCUAUAUCUUGUGCUGGAAUAAGCGAAAAUUGUUUAUUGGCAGCUGGAUUAACUACGCUGAAUCUUUAAUUGUAGUCAACUAGUGGUUAUAGAAUCUAAUGAUUUAAUUACAAUACCAUGUGAAAUAAGAAAGCUUUAUUAACUAGCUGAAAAUACCAUAGCACCCAUGUUUUAUCUUGGUUCAUGUAUACAUUUGCAAAGUCACUUUAUACCUCAUCCAAUGUUCUUUUAAGGUCUUUGAUCAACCCACUGCUAGUUUGCAAGCUUCACACCACCACCACCUCACCUAAGGUCCCCUCCUGUUCGGUUCAUAACCUCAUGUUGCUGUUGGUCGCCUAGAGAGAGCCCCCUAUAGAUACCCUCUGUUCCCUCCCAGUCCCUCCUCUCUGGCUUCACCACCUCUUAGAGUGCUCAAAUCUCAGUGUUUUGUAGGUUAAUACCAAACCCAGCAGCAACAUAACUACCUGUGAUUGCUUCAAGGGGACGUCUGCAGCUGUCACCAAGUUGCCUUACGUACUAACAGAGCCACAUAAAAAAGGAGCCCAGAUUUUAAAUAUACCGAAAGAGGAGGUACAUUACCAUAAUUUGAGUUACAGAUCAUAAUUAGUGAGGUUAAUAAGCAGCAUUGGCUUGAAGAGUUAGCCAUGUGCUAAACUCCAUAUGAUCUUGAGCCAGACUGAUGACAAUCCCACACUGUUUAAGUGUUGAAGUCCCAAAAAUAAUUAAGUUACAAGGGCAAACUAAGAAUCCAAGACAAGGUGUUGGUGGCUGCUGCAGACGUCGCCGACCUGUGCGCUUGUAACCGUCAAUAUUUUGUGUGUGGGGGUAAAUACUAAUAAUAGGAAGGGUUUUAAAAAGCUUCAUUGUGAUUAGCCUCCGCUCUCUCUGACUGCGCGUGUGAUCGAGACACGGGGACAGGCGAGGGGCGGCGAGCACUUUGCUUUGUCAAGGCAAUUUUUGAGUAGCUGUGCUUCUAGGUGUUAGCACGAGUAAUAAGUCCGACUACUACGUACUCCAAUACCACUUGUAGCGAACUCAGUACACCUGCAGUCCUUUUGUGUGGAAGUGAAGGAGGUGAGAAAAUCGCUUGAUCGGGUGAGAUUAUGAUGAUAAAAAUAGGCAUAAUUUUGAGAGGAAGAGAUGUUCUCAAAGCAGUGAAAUGUGAUUUAUGAGUAAAUAUAUCUUGGCGUUGAUGUUCACAAUACACACUACCUACGUACACUAAAAUAAGUAAACUGUCCCGUACUCCUUAAGGAUACUAUGAACUAUUCUAGCUUACUUUGAAAGACGAAACAUUGAAUCUUUCACUAAUACGGUCGUGCAUUACUUGUUUUUUCACCGAUAUACGAAACUUAGAAUAUUGAUAUUUGAAACUUGUAAAAACAAAUCAAAUUCCAUUAUAUUGCAUGAAAACUCCCUGGGAAAAUAUAAAUAUUGUCGCCUGUACAAUUACCAUGACGUAUUGUGCUACAUUAGUCCAUAAGCCCUAUUUCGUUAAUGCUCAUGUACACUCUUUACAAUAAAUAUUUAAAUCAAAAUCAGUACCUGCAUUGGAAUUGCUUGAAACCCAAACUGUACCAUCCAGUUCAGUGUUAUUACAACAGCUGGAAACAUAGCUUAUAAUCUCGGCCUUCAGUUACCGUGCAGUGGAAAAGAAAACAUGCUUCAUAAUCUUCACAAUGGGCUUAAUUCGGCGAUACCAGCGUUUAUUUAUUAAUUGUUAUUUUUUUUUUUUUUAAGUUUCGACACACACACACACACACACACACACACACUACUGUUACAUCCAGAUAAAGAUAAAAAGUCAGGGUAACAAAGAAUGAAGGAAAGUGUGCAAUGUGGAAGUGAAUUAUUGUUGCAGUAAUAAAAUUGCCAUACGAAU